AUGAAACUUUCCGCCGCCUUUUUCAUCGCCUCCGUCGCCGCAGAUUGCUAUGACGGAAACAAUGGAGGGUGCUCGCACUUUUGUGAUUCCGGCGUUUGUAGCUGUCCCGCCUGCUGGACCUUGGAUUCCGACAGCAUGACCUGCAUCAUCGAGACAGGCCGGGCUAGCGUCACGUGCUCCACUACUGGCUCGGAAGUUCGAGUCGAUAAAUGCGUCUUCCCAGGGGUUGCCGAUACUGGCCUUUCUCUUGCCGAUCCCACCUGCACUGCGAUUGAAGACCCCCUAGACAACACCAAGUGGCUUCUCCAAAGCGGUUCCGUGGAUGGCUGUGGCGCUACUAUGGCUUACAGCGCCCCUGAUUUCACAUUCUCCAACACGCUCGCCGCCGCCGCUGGUGAAGUAAACGGCAUCAUCACCGACCGCCCCGUCUCCGUUGACUUCUCUUGCCUCUACGAAGGUGAGACCAGCGUCAGUUCCGCCAUCAAAGUCGACAAUCCCGCCGUCGUCACCUCCUUCGACAUCAACGAUGUUCAAUCCACCGCCGUUCCACUCGCUUUCAAUAUGGACUUUUACACCGCAAACGACUACGCAACUGUCGCUGAUUUGAGCACCAUUUCAACCGCAGUCGGAAACCCAAUCUACGGUGAACUGACCCCCGUCUCGGCCAUCCCCGGCACCGACUUCGUCACCACCUACUGCUCCGUCACCGACGGCAGCUCGACCCUCGAAGUCCUCAACGUCUGCCCAAAUGCAAUCGUUGACUUCCAGUUCGGCUUUUCUGGCCAAUCCGAUGCUGCAGCGAUUCAGUUCCAGUUCAACUCCUUCCUUUUCCCCAAUGCCACUUCUGGAACUUACACCAUGAGCUGCGACGUCAAAGUCUGCGAGUCAGCCGAUUCUUCUUGCCUUGCCGGAUGCUAA